CUGUGUCCCUCGGACACAGCAGACUGAUCAUCAGGGCACUGAUGAUCAGUGUAGCCCCAGCAGUGCCACCUGUCAGUGUCUAUCAGUGCCAGCAGUCAGUGCUUAUCAGUGCCAUGUGCCAGUGCCACAUCAAUGCCACAUAUCAGUGCCCAUCUGAGCUGCCUUUCAAUGUCACCCAUCAGUACCAGUCAGUGCCACCUAUCAAUGCCAAUCAGUGCCGCCUAUCAGUGCCAGUCAGUGUCGCCUAUCAGUGCGCAUCAGUGCCGCCUAUCAGUGCCAGUCAGUGCCACCUAUCAGUGCCAGUCAGUGCCGCCUAACAGUGCCAGUCAGUGCCGCCUAACAGUGGCAGUCAGUGCCACCUAUCAGUGCCAUAUAUCAGUGUCAUGUAUCAGUG